CGUAGCGAAGUGUGGCGUAUGCUAGUGCAAAAUAAUGGCGACUGCCUCAUCAUACGAUCCUGUGGAGAAAUAAAAAAUUAUUAGCCGGGAAGGACUGGAUUAGACUGUUAUUGGAGAAAACUAGAUGGGAUUUGUGAUGACAUGUUGCGUUUAGUAGAAGAGCACAUAUUGCUUGUUUAACUUGUAUAUUUAAAUAACGAUAAUACUAGACGAGAAGCAGUGUUAUUAAUAAUAUUUGUCUCUGGAUCUUGGUCGAGAACCAACUAAUGAGAAUGGCUCAGUGCUCGCAGAGUGCCAGGGAGUUUAUUCAGAACACUUUUGGACCAACUGUGGCAGUUGCAUGCAGUCAUGAUGCAGAAGUUCUUGCUCAAAAGAAUAACUUGUCUUUUGUGGAAAUGGUCAGGCCAUUUUGCCGACUUACUUCAGAAGCUCAUAUUAGAGACCCAGCAGGCCAAGCUCACUCUAUUCAUAAUCUAAGGCUGAUUGUGAAUGAGAUGAAUACACAACCUCCAUCAGCUGGUAUUCAUCGUAAGCUAUCCCACGAUGCUGUCCAGAAUUCACAGGUCCAAACAACAGAAGGCAGAGCAAACGUGUUGACUGUAGGUUCCUAUGAUCUGCAAAUUAGUGCCUCUACUCCAUGGUAUGAAGCCUACAGGGAGAGUUUUUUGCAGAACAUGGCAACUAGUGACCAUGAAUUCAUCAGACAUUUUGUGGCUUGUAUGCUUGUAGUAUCGACAGGUCAUGCAGACCCUAUGGAUCAGUUUGCCAAGUUAUCUCAACAGCAGCAUCAUCUUCAGCACACAUCCUCUGCUACCCAUCCAAAGUGGCUCUGUCCUAACAUCUUUAAAUACUAUGUACUGCUCCAUGAUAACUCAGAAGGAGAAGAAGAGAAAGCUGAUGCAAUAUACCAAAGCAUGAAGUCUACGUAUGGCAGUCAUGCAUGUCAUCUUCUAAGGAUCAAUUCUAGAGCAAUGACUACUGUAGACACAGCAUCAGUGACAGCAGAACAGAAUUCAAUGCCUGAUCCAUGGAGUCAGUAUCUUAAUAAAGUCAACCAACAGGAGCCUGUUGAAGUGGAUGUAGUACCAGCCAAUGACCCAGCUAUGUUUCCUGAUCAGGUCUCUGAGGGUACUGCUAGUAACAAUCUUAAUAUGGUACUCACACCUAACAGUUCAGAAGAUGGUCCUAAUGACCCUUCACCUGAGGAUAUUGUAAUGGUCCAAGUGGAAACCUCGCCCUCCAAUGAGGUCAACUCCCAUCCCCUUACAGAGGUCAAGACCCCAUCAGAUCCCCUAAGCGCCACCCAGACAGACCCCCUGACACCAACCCAGUCAGACCCCCUCACAGACAUCAUGACGGAUCCUCUCAUCACCAAUAAUGCUAACGGGAGUAACUCGAUCCCGUCCAAGUCUACCGGUCAGAUGUCCAGUGCGGGGAAGGGUACGGGAGGGGGAUCCACCACCCAUGGGGCGUAUCUAACGUUGAGUGAUCAUGAUAGGUUGAGGAUAUUCAUGCAUGAGUUUGUGGUGAGGUUGCUGCCUUACAUAGAACGCAUGAUCCGCACACUAACAGAACAGCUUGCUUCAAGAAAAGGGAUCCAGCGGUCUUUGUUCAACGUAACCAAGAAGUUAUUCAUGGGUAACAAGCAGAAUGAGAAGGUCUUAUCAGCACCUGUUACAGACUUAUCACCAAAGUAUCUGCGGGAAUCACCAGAGAUCCAGAUGAGACGUAGAGCAGACCUAGCGUUCAUGGUACAGAUGUAUGAGAUGGCUUAUACCUCUUAUCAUACAGCUAAGGGGGACUUUGGUAACGACCAGGCAUGGAUGCACUAUGCAGGCUCAUUGGAAUUUGCAGCAAUAUCAGCGUACAUGCUGGGCCACAUACAGAAGUCCUACCCUAGUCAUUACAUGGAGAAUGCAGUCACUACAUAUCUCAAUUCAUGCAAACAACCACAGCUAGCAACAAGAGCUGUUUUGAUAGGAACUGAGAUCCAAAAAGCAAGACGGAUGUUUUCUGAAGCAGCUCUUGAGUUCAUCAGACUCACAGGAGAGGAUUCUGAUUUAAGGAGUGCUCUUUUCCUAGAGCAGGCUGCUCAUUGCUUCAUCAACUCACCUCGUCCUAUGGUGCGCAAGUAUGCAUUCCAUAUGAUUCUAGCUGGACAUAGAUUCAGCAAAGCAGGCCAGAGGAAGCAUGCUCUGAGGGCAUAUUGCCAAGCACUGCAGGUCUACAAAGGCAAGGGCUGGGCUUUAGCUGAGGACCAUAUCAACUUGACAGUGGGACGUCAAUCCUUCAACCUGAAGCAGCUAGAGAACGCUACAGCAGCAUUCAAACACCUGUUGACCAAAGAUAGCAGACAACCAGCCGUUCAGCAGGUUGCUUUCCUCAAAGAAUACCUCUGCAUCUAUAAGCAACUGCUAACAACGCAAUCCCAGGACGGUCAGAGCUUGGCGACAUUACCUCAGCUUCCUCUUCCAUUCAUCAAGAAAUCAGCCACUAGGAUCCUUCUUGCCUCUCCUAAAAGAGAACAGGACACAGAACAACAAGAUGCAAGGAUAUCAGCUACAUCGGUGACCUUUGGUCAUAUCUGUGACCGAGCUGAGAUGGGGGUGUGGUGCAAUAUGGAGGAGGCAGUUGCCAUGGUAGCAAACAAACAGAAGUCACUACCCUCAUGGUUUCAUUACCAUCCUCAGCUGCUUCACAGUGGAACAGACAACUCAACAAGCCCUCUCGGUGUAGAAGGAGAACCAAUCACAAUUGAACUAGUCUUGGAGAACCCUCUCAAAGUACCCAUCAUCCUCACCAACAUUACGCUCCUGUGGAAGUUUCUACCGGUGAACUAUGAGGGCGGUAAUCAAGAGAAUCCUGAACAGCAACCAACAAUCCUUUCCAAUGAAGCUGAUGUCAGAGAAAACGGGAUCGGAAUUGUGGAAAAUGUAGUAAAGGUUGAAUGCAUUCCAGAAGUUAUCUUGGCAGCAAAUGACUACAAGCUGCUUUACUUAGGCCUGACACCACUUCAGACAGGAGAACUUCACAUAACAGGCCUAGCCUACAGCCUAUCAGCCCAGCCCUCCACCAAUCAGAGCACAGAACCCUCCACCAAUCAGGAGGUACUCGAUGGCAGGUCAGGGGUCAAGAGGCCCGUCUCGUUAGGGUCAAGCGCUGCUCAGGUUCAAGGCAUGCAGGAUCUAGAUAUCCAGGGUCCUAGGAUGAAUAUCACCAAAGAUGAGAGAUGCGGAGUGUUGUAUGGUCCUGAUAGAAGACUAGAUCCCAUCAUAGCACCUCCUAUGCCACUACUAGAGGUCACUUUCUCUUCAAUGCCAACAAAUAUAUUAUGUGGAGAGAUCAGUCAAAUCAGUGUAGAGAUCACUAAUAAAGGAACAUGCCCGCUACACAAACUACACACCAUCUCAGACAGACCCGAGAUCUUCUCUUUCGGAGGCCACUUUCAUGGGUUCCCUUCAAACUCUUCUUCCAGCCAAUCACUGACCAGCAGCAGUAGUGACUCUAGUAGCCUCAGCCAAUCGGGAGGCAGGACUGUUCCAUUGUUGGAUUCAGGGGAGUGUGUGAUUCAUGAGAUUGAGGCGGGCCAGUGCAAUGUGAAUAAUGUGACUGAGAUUGUCUUGCCAGAGGGGAGGCUUGUUCCAGGAGCCUCGUUGUCAGUGCCAUUGUGGAUCAGAGGUCCAUGUGAUAGUGGUCUUCAUAAUAUCAGGAUGCUCUUCUACUAUGAAACCACAGAGGAAAACAUGAAGAUUAGGCAUAGAUCAUUACAGCACACAGCCACCAUACUUACCAGUAACUCAGUAUCUAUAUCAGCUAGAGCAGAUAGAGCUCAAGCUGUUGAUAGCAGGAAAGUGAACAUGCAGGAUGAUAACAGUGUCAACCUCAUCGUCUCACUCACAGUAGAGAACCUCAACCAAGUGCAUGAUUCCAGCAUUACCGAGAUCAGCUUGCAACAUGUGACAGGGGUCAGCCACAGAUGGUGUCUCUCUCCUCUAGUAACACCAGAUGCAGAGCAAAGGAUCGGGAGUGGAGAGUCUCAAAAGCUGUGCUUCAAGGGCAAACAGUUAGAUGAUCCAAAUAGAUCAGCCUUUACUUUCUCCAGUGUGCUGUUUGGGAAAGACAAGGCACCCAGUAACUCGAUGCCAAGUGCAGAUUUCUAUCUUAGAUCUAAGCUGAAGGGUAGGCAAAUCAAGACUGGUUUGAUAGGAGAUAAUCCCUUCUCACCGGCAACCACACCAGGGAGUAUAGGUAGCGGUAGCACAGAGAGUUGGAUGUUUUCCAGGGGGCCAGCACCAAGAGAGAAUAUGUUGCUGGAGUGCAAUAUGGCUGAUAUGGCAUUACUGGUGCUAUGGAAGGCCUUCGUAGUAGAUGAAGAUGGUGAUGAUCAUGUAUUGUAUGGCCAGAGUCAUCUCACUAUUGAUCAACUCAACACAGACACACUCUCACAUCCUGUCAGAAAGCUUCCUAUUGAGCAGAAGCAGGUGAAGUUCAUCAAAGAACCGGUCAGUCUUGAACCACUCCUUCCAAGUCAAGAAGUCAUGGCUUCACUCCUCAAAUACAGCUUACAAUACACAGAAGCUGUGCAGAAUGACUUCAACAAGAAUAGGAUAUGUUCACUGUCAAUCAAACUGUUGCUAUGUAACUGCACCGAUUCUUCAUUGGAUGUCUUGAUAGAGACCUCAUCAGCCAUUGAGAACGAUAGUACGUCAGACCAGACUGGAUCACGAGUCACGUCACCUCCAACCAGCAGUGGUUUCAGCUGGGUGAGUCAAGCCAGUCGUCAUCUCACCCUGGACUCCAGGCAGGAAUGUAAGCUAGGUCUACUCUCCUGCUGCAGUCAGCCUGGGGUUUAUGAUCUCAGUAGUAUCAGGGUAUCUGCGAUCACGUCUGUCCUCGCCAAGACAAAACCCCUCAUCCUGCAACAGAAACUCUCACCGUGUUUACUCACUGUCACGUCACCCAGCUAAGCUCAUCAGGGUAUCUGCUAUCCCGUUAGACCUUGCUAAGACAAAGCCCCUCAUCCUGCAACAGAAACUCUCACCGUGUUUACUCACUGUCACGUCACCACCACCAAGCUAAGCUCAUCAGGGUUUCUGCUGUCCGUUAGACCUGGCUGAGACAAAGCCCCUCAUCCUGCAACAGAAACUCUCACCAUGUUUACUCACUGUCACAUCACCCAGCUAAGCUCAUCAGGGUAUCUGCUAUCCCGUUAGAUCUUGUUAAGACAAAGCCCCUCAUCCUGCAACAGAAACUCUCACCGUGUUUACUCACUGUCACAUCACCACCACCAAGCUAAGCUCAUCAGAUGUGGUGGUCGAGUGGAUACGUCGCCGAACUGUCGAUCACAAGGUCCGCGGUCAUCCCAUCAGCAUCAAGUCUCGCCGCGGCACUAAUGUCCUUUGGCAAGACAUUGAUCUACAUUUGCCACACUCAACCCAGGUGAUGUAAAUGGGUACCUGGCAGGAAUUAAUUCCU